AGAGCAGAUUCGGCGAUGUGAGAAAAUCAGCCGUAUUCCUCAAUGGCCCCAGUGCGCGGAGAUGGAACGAGAGGGAAAUGAAUGCCAGUGCGGACGUGUGGAAAAAAGCUCCUUAGGUGUGUGUGUGCGCACCUGCUUUGGGGAAGAAAGAGCAGAGAAAUCUGAGUCAAGUGUGAGGCAUGUGUCUGGGCUCGUCUUGCGCAGGUGAUGCCGGGGACACAAGAGGAAGAAGAACAUGAUCAACUAGAUGAUCAAGAGGAUUUUAAUGAGGAGCGAUUAAAAGAGCAAACGGAGCGCUGAGAGAGAAGCGAAUCGCCCCGAAGACGAAGUGUAGUGUACACUGUACCUCUUUGCCUCUCAUGUUCUUUGGAUACCCUUCGCUUGUUGUGUGACAAAAAAGUUUGCGAUUCGUUCUGUCUGUCUAGGUUUUAGAAGAAGGACAGGAUUAUUUCCACCUAGACUAUUAGCGCUUCCGUGGAUAAUCAUGAACUGUUCGGAUACGUGUACGCGCUUGGAUUCGCUCGUGUCUCUUCGUACUCGGCAUGAAAACACGUGCAAGAGAGCAGUUUUAACAGGAUAAACUAGAAUUCGCGAAUGUUGUGUGGAGAGGACAGAUCUCAUCUCGUCUGUCAAGGAAGGAGCGAAUAUGUCACACCCAUGUUGUAGGAGACUGUUUUGGUUCUUGGCUCUGACCUUCACAGUUCUUCUGAUUUCCCCCGUAUGCUAUUCAUCCCCUCAUUCCUCGAGGCGGCCUUCGCGGGACGCCCGCAGUCGUCUGCCUCGCCCACGCCGCCAGCUGCCCUUCGAGAACCAGUGGGGCCCCUGGAGUGGCUGGUCAUCGUGCUCGCACACGUGUGGGGGAGGGGUCUCUGUGCGGACACGUGUCUGUAUCACCAGGAACCCCAUUGAGGGUCCAUGCCCAGGAGACACCAGACACUACAAGAUCUGUAACGCCAAGGAGUGUGAUGUAGGGUCUGUGGAGUUUCGGGAGCUGCAGUGCGCAGCUUUCAAUGACAGACCCCUCGUGGCUGGGGGUAGCUACAAAUGGACAACCUUUCAUGGAGGUUCCAACCCAUGUGAGCUCAGCUGCCUUGCCUUGGGACACAACUUCUACUAUAAUUUCGGCCGCGUGUUGGACGGUACGUUGUGCGAGACGGAGCCCGGGGCAGUGUGUGUCAAUGGUCGCUGUCUGAAGCCAGGCUGUGACUUGAUCCUGGGCUCCAAGCAGCAGGAUGAUGCCUGCAUGGUGUGUGGUGGCCAGAACACUACCUGUCUUCGCCACCACAGUGUUUACCAGGGCACUGGACAGGGUGUUGGUCCAUUUGGAUACAGCGAGGUGGCUAUGAUUCCUGCAGGAGCUACUCACAUCCGAGUUACUGACAACAGCAGGAACUAUCUAGCACUUCAGAACGGACGCUCCCAGUUCGUCAUCAAUGGGAACUGGAGGAUCAGUGUACCAGGGGAAUACAGCGUGGCAGGAACCAAGCUGCUGUACCGACGCUCGGCCGACACCUGGGAGAGCUUCGAGGUCUCAGGGCCAACCCAGGAAGACCUGCAUGUCAUGGUGUUGUCCACAGAUAAGAACCCUGGGAUAGAGUAUGAGUACUGGCUGCCUCGUGAGCGCUAUGCCCUCUACCACGGGAGGAAGAGCCCUUUAAGGCAGCCCCACCAUACUGGAAACUUCUCACCGCAUCAGGCACCAACAAAGACCACAACCGAAGCCACUACUACCACCACAACCAUGACAAUGAGCACAAGUCCUCCUCCCAUUCCCACAAGGCAUUUCUGGGUACCUGCAGGAGGCUGGCCUGCCUUGCCCCCCCCACAGCAGCCGCAGCCACGGUUAGAGAGAGAUGAGAACCGGAGGAACCUUCUACCGCAAGCUCCUCUAGCUGGACACUGUAGAAAAUGCAGGAGGGUUCGAGGCCGUGGAGAACGCCAGAAACAAUACUGUCAAAAGGAUUUUGUUUUUCGAGCGAAGGUCCUGGGGAAGCUGUACCGGGGUGAGGAGACGCGCUACGACGUGCAGAUCAUCCACACCUACCGCAACCGUUUCCGCCUGGAGCACCGGGAGUUCCUGUGGGUGCCCAAUGUGUGCGACUGCCCGGCUCUAGAGGAGGGCCGCCAGUAUGUGCUCAUGGCCCGCCGCCACAUCAACUAUGAGCACACGCUGAACCGUAUUCUUUUGGAGGAAGACAGCUAUGUGCAGCCCUACCGCCCACGUGAGGACAGCCUGCUACGCCCCCUGGAGCAACUGUGCAACAACCGAGGAACAAGGCCGUCACACCAGCGGAGGGGCUAGAAAUCACCCAGUGGAGAAAGGCUACCGACGCAGAGACACGCAGACGCUCACUGUCCUUCGCUGUGCACUUGGGCACAGGAGAAAGCCUGAUUAAUACAUCCUUUCUACACAAAUAUUGAAAAAUGAAGCACAUAAUGAAAUUCUGCUAAAUGUAAUGAGCUUCAAACCUUUGGACCUUUUUACAUUGAAAAAGUGCACACGGAUCCACUAGGAUAAUCAAACGGUGCCUGAAUUAGGGAAGUGUCCACUGGAUGCUGGGCACAGUGUUCAAAGUGAAAAACUUCACUAGUAGGUAAAGCACUUUAAGGGGAAUGCAAAUGACCCAUCCUUAAAUGUCACACACCAAAGAGGCCUACUGUUAGUGAGGCCAACUAAUGGUAACAGCCAAGGUAUUUUCUGUUGUCAAAUAUCUGGACUGACACAGUGAGUUAAAACCACUCACUGAGAGGUUUUAACCUUUGUUUUUUUUUUUUU